GGGCGGGCCGGCCGUGACCCGCGGGCGGGCAGCGCCGGCCGCGCCAUGACGGGAAAAUCGGUGCGGGACGUGGAGCGCUACCAGGCGGUGCUGGCCGGGCUGCUGGCCGAGGACGAGAACAAGUUCUGCGCAGACUGCCAGGCCAAAGGGCCACGAUGGGCGUCCUGGAAUAUUGGGGUGUUCAUCUGCAUCCGCUGUGCCGGGAUCCACAGGAACCUGGGAGUUCACAUAUCCAGGGUCAAAUCCGUCAACCUCGACCAGUGGACGCAGGAACAGAUUCAGUGCGUACAGGAGAUGGGGAACGGCAAAGCCAAUCGUCUCUACGAAGCCUACCUGCCCGAGAACUUCCGGAGGCCCCAGACAGACCAAGCUGUGGAGAGUUUUAUCCGGGAUAAAUACGAGAAGAAGAAAUACAUGGACAGAAGCAUUGACAUCAACGCCUUCAGGAAAGAAAAGGAUGACAAAUGGAAAAGGAGCAAUGAAUCGGAAAGAAAACUGGAACCCAUCAUCUUUGAGAAGGUGAAAAUGCCUCAAAAGAAAGAUGAAACACAGCAAUCCAGGAAAAGUUCCCCCAAAUCUGAGCCAGUCAUGGACUUGCUGGGCCUGGACGCUCCGGUGACAGCGCCCGUCACCAACGGCCGGCCCAGCAGCCUGGAGAAGGAUCUGGACCUCUUCGCAUCCGUGGGAUCCAGCUCGGACUCCAGGAAGGUCGUUGGCUCCAUGCCAACCUCUGGAAGCGCCGGCUCUGUUCCUGAAAACCUGAAUCUCUUCCCGGAGCCUGGAGGGAAAGGGGAGGAAGUGGGGAAGAAGCAGCUCUCCAAAGACUCCAUCCUGUCCCUGUACGGCUCCCAAAUGUCCCAGGUGCCAGCUCAAGGAGCGAUGUUCAUGGCGCCGGCUCAGCUGGGCUAUCCCGCUGCUCCCUACCCCGGCUUCCCUGGAGUGCCCCCCUCCAGCAGCAUGAUGGGGGGCAUGAUGGCCCCAUCCAUGGGGCUGCUGGCCCAGCCCGGAGCUGCAGGCAUGGUGGCACCCGUGGCCAUCCCAGCAGGAUACGUGGGCAACGUGCUGGGCGUUCCCAACGGGAUGAUGGGGGCCCAGCAGCCCGGCUACGUGGCCGGAGUGGCCGCGGUGGCCCAGCCCGUGUACGGGGUGCAGCCGGCACAGCAGCUGCAGUGGAACCUCGCCCAGGUGACCCAGCAGAUGGCUGGGAUGAACUUCUAUGGAGCCAAUGGAAUGAUGGGCUAUGGACAGUCCAUGGGAGGAGGAGGAGGAGCCCAGGGCAGCAAUCCCUCCCUCAGCUCCCCGCUGUGGAAAUGAGCGCUUGCUCGCACGUGACCAUUUCUGCCUUUGUUCUGUUCUCCAAACCCGCUCCAUGAGACAUUCAGGGUUUUUGCUUUCGGGUUUGGGGACCCAGCCCAACCUGAAUUUUUUUCCAUCCCUGAGCUCCAUCUCUGCCUUUCCACUGUCACAGCCACGGGGCCAGCUCGGUGGCCAGGCCGCGAGCGCCCUGCUCUCAGCACAGUCAAUGCACUCGGGGAGGGGAUCCCUCCCUGCACAAAGCUCCACCAGAGCUCCUGGGUAGCACUUCAUGCCCUGCUGGGCACCUGGGUACAGGUGGGACUGGGAGAUCUGGACUGCAUCCCGCCCGGAAAGCCGGGAUUUCUCACUUCAACUCCAGUGUUAGAAUUUUUUUGUGGGGGGGGAAAAGGGGUGGGGAACAUCGUUUGGUGCUGAGGAACUGGAUUUAAGCUGAGCCCAGGGGCAAGCAAGCCUUGCUACCUCCUUCCUCCAGCGGAGCUCUCCCUGCUCCCACCCUCCUUGGAACCAAAGUCCUUGGGAAAAGCCCUCUCCCACCCCUCCUGAGCAAGCAGGAAUCUCGCCCAGAGUGGGGGCAAAGCCGAUGGAAUGUGAAAAACUUGCACUCCAGAGUGAAUUUUCUGGCUGGUGUUGGGAUUUGAUGGAAUUCCACUUCUAACAAUCUAACCAGAGUUAAUUCUCUGGGGCCCAGAGCCCUGUGCAAGUUUUCUUACACUUUUAAAAAUGACUCUGACAUCCUAAUUUAUACUUUUUUCUUUUGUUUUGUUUUGUUUCAUUCUUGUUGUCGUUGUUCCUGUGUAAAAUCCUGGUUCUCCCCUUUCCUGGCUCGCUUGGGACAUUUUAAUCUUAGGCAUAUUUCUUUUCUCAUCUCCACUAGAACCCAAAACUGCUUCAGAAGUCAGCAAGAAGUCGGACUUGUGGUCUGCUCUCUCCUGUGGAUAUGUAAAUUCCCAAAUAAAAUAUUGCAGUGGA